AGCACCGUCAGUCUGACGGUGUAAUAGAUUUCUCGUGAUAUGCAGAAAUUGGCAAAGCUUUUCCUUUCCUUUUUUGCUGCGAAGCCUCUCGUCGGUCAGUCACUGUCGUCUCCUCCUGACAACACGACAGGUAAAUUCGACGUUAUUUCGUAACCUUUCACAGCGCAUUGCUUUGGUGAUUGAUCGAUUUAGAAAAAAAAUCACAGAAAAAGAUAUCACAAGGUCAACAACACCGGCGAUAUGUUAAUUCGAUACAGAAGUAACCAAUGCACACAAAUGGGAGAGGAACUUCGAAAGAGAACGAAGAUGACAAGUCCAGCAGUUUCUCGUGCCGGAGUAUAUAAGCCGGAGCGAUUCGGACCAUCAUCACAAGUCCUCUUCGUCCUCUCAACAAGCGACUACAUCUUCUGAAAAGAUUAAUUCUAAAGGUAUAAGUUGAAGAUGUCGAGAAUUUGUUUAAUUGUUUGCGUCGCAUUGAUGUUGCAAGUCUGCCGAGCUUACUACGGCCACUACGAGCAUUUUCCAUCGUCUAAUCCGUACGAAUUUGCUGCUCAUCCUUGGAAUUAUGUCUACAAUCCAAGCGCUCGUGUUCCAGUCUCAUCAAUAGACCACCAGUUCGAAGGGCGUGUCAUCAACAGACAACAGCCCAGCUCCUAUCCGUUGUGGAAACAUUCAGCCGAUAAUGAAGUGGGCGAAGGUGAAGUCGAAAGCCGAUUGUUCAACAGGCUAACUGCCAAUCUUCUCAACGCUGGCUUUUUCAGCAACAGAUUCGGCAACAACGUUGGCAAUGGCAAACCUAUUCAGAAUUCCAGACCAUUCUCACAGAUCAACAAAUGGAUUCCGUUGACUGUGAAUCCCGAUUUUCCCAGCGUCAUCUCGAAAUUCGAGAGCUGCACGACUUUCAGCGAAGAGGAAGGUAUCUGCGUUCCAGGUGCUGCCUGUUCGCUGUUCGGUGGUCGGCCAACCGGCUCCUGCGGCCUGAAAAGCGUCUGUUGCAUUAAUGCCGUGUCAAGAUGCGGGACUACGAUCACGCUCAACAACACGUAUUGGCAGCCACCAGUUACUUUGGGCUCAUCGUGUUCGCUGACCAUCAAGUUGGAUGAAGGUUUGCUGGAACAACCUAAAGAAAUCUCUCAAAUUCGUUUGGAUUUCACUUCGUUCAGCAUCAGUCAGCCGAAUGCCGAAGGUAAUUGUGCCACGGAUGUGUUCAAAGUCAUCGGGGCUGACAACGUAGUACCUGCCAUCUGCGGAGACAACGCUGGCCAACACAUGUACUUGAACGUACCUUCCCGUGGACCUUUGAGAUCCGGCAAAGCGGUGAACACGCAACCAUCGAAAGAGAUUACACUUAAUUUUGAAUUUGGCGCUUUGUCAACAGCUGCACGAAUGUGGAAUAUUCAAAUUUCCAUGUUACCCAAAGGCGCCAGUUUUCUCGCUCCUCCGGAUUGCCUUCAGUAUUUCGCUGCUGCUAGAGGAAGAAUCAGUUCGUUCAAUUGGCAAGAUGUUGAAACCACUACGACUCGUCAGCUGAACAACCAAAACUACAACAUUUGUUUCAGGACUGAAGAGAUUGAAAGAAAGAGAGCCAGCGAUAUGUGUUUGUCUGUUUGCCCAGUGAAAAACGGAGGUGACGCUUUCUCCAUAACAACCCCAACCGCUGCCACAAAUCCAGCAGCAGCGUUAGCCAACGCCCAGGCCGCUGCUGACGCUGCGGCAGUCACUGUUGCCGAAGAAACUGUCACAGCAGCCCAGGAUGCCUUAGCAACAGCUCAAACUGAUGUCACAACUGCUGAAGAGGCCGUUGCGGCCGCAGAGGCCACUUUGGCCGAACAAGAAGCUAAUCUUGCUGCUGCAGGAGAAACAUUGACUCAAGCGCAAGUUGAUCUCACCACUGCACAAACAGCUCUUGAGGCCGCAGGAGCAGACCCGCCAGCAGAAUUAAUCCAGGCGGUUACGGACGCUGAAGCCGCAGUUGCCGAAGCUCAGGCCGCAGUGGAUGCAGCGCAAGCUGCCGUGAAUCCUGCCGAGGUAGCUGCCGCCCAGGAAGCUCUGACAGCAGCUCAAACUGCUUUGGUAGAUGCUGAAACAGCUGUUACGACCGCCGAAGAAAAUUUGGCUCUCGCUCAAGCGGCAGCCACCGAUUCCGCCAACGCAGCCGCUGCUGCCUCCGAUUCCGCCUCACUUUUUGGUGCCAUUGGCACCGUGUUUACUGCAGCUCCGGCUGAUGGAGUUACCACGGCUACAUGCCUGUACGAUUAUCUUCUAAUUUCCGGCGGAAGAGAUGCGACUAAUAUCGAAGCCGAUCGUUAUUGCGGAAAUGAAUUGAAUCCAGCCGGUUCUGCAGGUCAAGCUGUUAGUGUUCCAGUGUGCACUCCAAUCAAGUCGUUCAGGAUAACAUACCGAACCGAUGGCACGGAAGGAGAAGUAGUUGAAGGACUCAACACUAUUCCUGCGCCAGCUGAUGAAUUAAACACUGGAUUCUGUCUCGUCUAUCAAGAGAAAUAAGACGAGGAGUUUAUCCCUCACAUUACGCUUUAUGCAAAUGUACUGCGUGAUUUUUAUAUCUUUUGGUGGCGGUGGAACUUGUGAAACUCUCUGAUUACUCGCUUUCUUUCAACACGUCUAGUUUUUGGGAAAACGGUGAAUUGUUUUACGAUUUGAAUUGAUUGUUUUACUUUAAAAUAAACGGUGUAAUGCUA